CACCGCCCACUUGCCGUCUUGCUCCUCCCGCUUUCGGCUUUGGCUCGUUUCGGCGGUGGGGAAGAAGGAGAAAUACUUAUAUUGUUCCUCUGCCACCUUUUUCCGCCUCACCAUCUGCUCCUCCCGCUACUGCUAACCCCCCAUCCAGCCCACUUUUGGCGUCUGCUCCGACCAUCUUACUUGCCGCGAUCGCAGAUCGGGAUCUCCCGCGGCGUGCCGAUUCUUGGAUCCAAAGCCAGCAAUCCUACCUCAAAAUCAACCACUUUCGACCAAUCUAAAUAGCUUUGGAGCAACUGUUGUGAAGAUUCGAGCACACUGUUGGACCAUGGGAACAAGGAUGACAGUUGUACGGCGGUUGCCAGUUGCACUAUCCUCGGCAUUACUCGAGUGGAUCUUGAUGCUUCUGCUAUUCAUCGAUGCAGUUUACUCCUACCUGAUCACAAGAUUUGCCCGUCUCUGCAAGUUACCAGCCCCUUGCCCGUUCUGCUCACGGCUAGAUCAUGUUCUGGGUAACGAGGAACCAUGCUUCUACAGGGAAUUGAUCUGCAAAACUCACAAGUCAGAGAUCUCGUCUUUGGCCUUCUGCCGCCUCCACCAGAAGCUUGCGGGCGCGGAAACCAUGUGUGAUGGAUGCAGCAGAAGCUCACUUGCUCCAAAAGAAAAACCAAACAACAAUGACAGCAAAGAUCUAUUCGAUGGUACCCGUGGAGAUGAUAAUGUGUUGCAUUCCCCUCUUACUAGAAUUUGUUCAUGUUGUGCACAGCAUUUUAAGCAACGAGACGUAUCAUUGUUUUCUCAAGAAAGCAGGGAGCUCAAACCUGCCAACUCGCCAAAGAUCUGCACAGAUUAUUCUGUGCCAUGGCAAGUGGAUGAACCUUUGGAAACCAAAGACAUUUACCACCAGAGUGAUCAUACAACCCAUGAGAGAUACAGUCCUCUACAGAUGACAUCUGACUCCGAGGCUGAGGUCCCUUGCGCUGAUGAUGGCAGAGAUUCUCCCCCUCGUGGAGCCUUUGAUAUGGAAAAAGACUUGCAGGAAGAUGCAGUUGGUGAGAUGCCAGUUCUUCCACCCCAUGAGGUGGUCAAGCCAUCUGAAAUGAAUGAUGAGAAAGAACAAAAAGUGUCUGUCUCCGGUAAUGUAUCUUCAGCAUACCCUGUUCUAGAUGAUAUGCAUCCUGGCAGUGUGAUAAGUGGGAGCCAAAGUGAGGCAACGGAUAUCUCAUCCAGAGGAUGGGCAACACAGCGUGACCCUCCAAUUGCCAUAGAAGAGUUAUAUUUAGAAGAUGCCACCGUUCCCCAAAUUCCAGUUGCGUCAACUGCUGAGUUACCGGAGGUUCUUGGUGAAACAGAAUCACGGCAGAUGGCAAGUGACAGCAGCAUCAACCCAUAUAUAUCUCAAUUCACAAUAUUAGAGCAACACUAUGUUGUCUCAGAGGACAAAAAAAUAAAAGAUAAUCCAGAAGAAGCUAAUGAUCAAGGUACAUGUGAACCAGUAGCCAAAGAUUAUCAUUUUGUUGCUUCAGAAGAUACACACCUGAAAGACAAUUCCGCAGAUAUCCGUGUUUCACAGGUUAGUGCCGAUCCAGACACUCCUGCUGAAAUUGAAGAUAAUAAUCCUAAGAAAGCUGAACCCAUUGGUGAGACGGAAAUAAAUGAACUGAUAUCCCAAGAUCCUUCUGGUCCAGCUUUUAAAGAUUUUGCAGAAGAGGCGCAUAUUCCGCCAGUUGCGAUUAGAUCAAGUGGUGAAGUAUCUCAGGGUCUUGAUGCCAUUGAGGAACAUUCCCAAACAAGUGAAAUCGUUGGCGAAAGGAGGCCAUCUCUUAGCACUCAGAUUAGCAUGACCGAAGCUUACAAUCUAGCAAUUGGUAUGAAGAGUAGUUUCCCAUCCCCAACCUGGACUGAUGUGAUUCUUGGAAAGGGCACUUCGUCUAGUGUAAACGGAGAAUUAAGGCUACUGCUGUCACAGCUCUCAGCUUCCAGGGGGCUUGAAGCAACUUGGCUGGACCCAGGCCCUAGCCCACGCUCAUACGGGCGUGGUGAUGAUUUGAUAGUGCAGAACAUAACAAAAAGAAUUUCAAUCGAGAGAAAUGUUUCUGGUUUGGAAUCACUGGAUGGAAGCGUUGUUAGUGAGAUGGAAGGUGAAAGCCCCAUUGACCGGUUAAGACGACAGAUUGAUCUAGACCGGAAAUCCAUACACCUCCUCUGCAGGGAGCUGGAAGAAGAGAGAAAUGCUGCAGCAAUUGCUGCAAGUCAAGCGUUGGCUAUGAUCACCAGGCUGCAGGAUGAGAAGGCUGCGAUGCAGAUGGAAGCUUCACAUUACCAGCGGAUGAUGGAAGAACAAGCAGAAUACGAUAAUGAAGCCCUUGCACAAGCUAACGAGCUGCUUGCUCAAAGAGAACAACAAGUAGAGGAAUUGGAAGCUGAGCUCGAAAACUACAGGACACAGUUUGGAGGGGGAGGGCCAACAGAGAGACAAGACAACCAGCUCCCGUUUGAAGGACAAAACACCACUACAACUUUGCUUGAAGAUGAAAGGGCAUACAUAUCAGAAUGUUUGAGGAAGCUGGAGAAGAAGCUUCAUGUGUACUCCAACAACAGUACUACAGAUUUAUCAAAUUCAGAUGCUAUAGAGGAUGACCUUUCCAACAAAAUGCCCAUUUCAGAAGACGACUCCCUACAUCGUCAAGAAAACUCAAGGGAGACACAUGAGCCUAUUCUCUUGGCUACGGAAGGUCAGUCUUCAACAAUGAACGGAGUGGUUGAUGUAUCCAUAUUUCAAGAGGAAAUCUCAAACUUGCAUAAAAGAUUGAAGAUUCUAGAAGGAGACCGCGAUUUUCUUGAGCACAGUGUAAACUCGCUAAAGAAUGGCAAAGAAGGUGCACAGUUCAUAAGGGAAAUUGCUUGCAACCUCAGAGAACUCCGAGCUAUUGCCAUUGACGAUAAAUAGCAUGUCCCAACUUGGAUUUAAGCUCUUCAUGCAAGACAUUAUGUGCAGCAGGUUCCCACGGUCCCACCCUACUUGUAAAUUGUAUAUUCUUGUACCUUGGCUGGCACAUCUAGGAACUAUACUUUUAGCUCCUGAGGGAGAUUUUACACAAAAGAACUAGCAAGUAUAGAAGGCAUGUAUUUCCUUUUCUUUAUGAGAGAAGUAGGUUGGUCUUGGAUAAGAUAGUAGUAACUGCAUACCAAGUGACCAAUAUUAUUUUGAUAAGCAAGCGAUCAGUACUUGUAAGUGAAUAGGAAGUGUGUGGAGAUUUACCUGGAUGAAAAUUGUGACUUGAGACUUCUA